AUGAGGAGGAAGGAUGUUAUUCAUCUUUCCACGAGAGAUCGCCCUUCCCUUUGGUUGUACCAUCGUUUUUGAAAAAGCCUUGUAUAGUCUAGCUACUUGGCUCGCGUUCCCAAAAUUCACCGCCAGCACUGAAUUCUCUAAAUUCUUUGGAGCGGAAUCUCACUCUAAUAGAUCGGUCAGUUUGAAAAAGAGUGGCUGAAUUUUCGCUCUGUUAGAGUUCCACUCCAAAGAAUUUAGAGAGAAAGUUUACAGUAUACGCGUAACGUGAACUAUAGAUUUUUUUAGUACUGGCAGUGUAUAUCGGAAUGCAGCCUUUAGAUGUGUAACCUUAUAUUUGACCAGAAGACUCUAUGCAACAUGCCACCAGAUAGGCCAGAUGCAUCGGGUAUUGAAACUGACAUAGAGCUGAACUCGUCUCAGGAUUAUAAUUUCGGGGAAAACAAUUACACGAUGAAUGAUAAGGAGAAGGAGAACGCCAGCGUGCUGGCUGACUCGAAUUCACCCAACGACUGUCAGAGCGAAAUUCCUAGAUGGGACAAGUCCAUGGAGAAAAACAAUCAGUCGGAUGACGAGCUUACGUCUCUCAGUUGGCUGCAUCAGCAGAAUUUACUUAAGGGUUUGGACAUUUCAAACCCCUCCAAAGACAUAAAGCACGAGAACAUGAACAUGCUGAACAACAAUAUCUGCGACGACAUAGCAGACUUUUCUGAAAACACAAAUUCUGUAUCGAGCUUGGAUGAUAGUUUCUGUCCAGAGAGCAAUGGGAAAACAAGUGUGACACUGAACGGAAGCGGACAAAACUAUCAGCAUCCCGCCAAGAAUUGUCAAAAGCCCGCGCAAAUAUUUCAGGAAUCUGCGAAAAGUCAUUGCAAUAUUUCGCCAAGUAAUCAAACGAAGAUUUCUUUGAGCAACAAUAAUUUGCCAAUGUCUAAUCGCAACAAGCAUCCUACCCAUAUACCGUAUGAUCCUCAUUUACACAGAAAUAGCAAACCACCGUAUUCAUUCUCCUGCCUCAUAUUUAUGGCUAUCGAAGAUAGUCCUGUAAAGGCGCUACCUGUGAAGGAGGUUUACGCGUGGAUCCUGGAACAUUUCCCGUACUUUAGGAACGCUCCUACCGGAUGGAAAAAUUCUGUCAGACAUAAUUUGAGUCUCAACAAGUGCUUUCGGAAAGUAGAGAAAGCUCCAAAUUUAGGAAAGGGAUCAUUAUGGAUGGUGGAUGCGCAAUACCGCCCAAAUCUGAUUCAAGCGUUGUCUCGCGCUCCUUUUCCUCCCCCUACAACUCAGAAUCUGUCUUCGUCGGAAAAGGUGCCCAGAAAAUGCAUAAAUACACGUCUCCCAGAUCCGGUUCUCUUUCCAUACCUAUCCAAAAGACUGGCGUCUAGCAAUAUUAACGAUAGCGCAGAAACCGAGAUAGACAGCGACGUUGAUGCAGCAGCUGCCGCUAUGCUUUCCUUUAAGCACGGACCUAUCAUUCUGAAUCAUAAUAAAGAUCGUAAACGAAAAUUGCCGGAAUCGCCGGAAAAGCUGGUGCCUGUAAUUACCAGGAGUUCCAGCGAGGACCAUACUUAUAGUUGUAUCGCCUCGAUAAAAUUGGGAAGCAAACAUUUAAACGAGGAAGAAGUAAAUCCAGAUUUUGACGAACAAAGGAAGAUCGCGGAAGGUGCGGAUGCGCUUCUGAAUUUGGCUGGUGUUAGUACAGCGCUGAAUCAUAAUAGAACACAUCACGUGACACAAGGUAUUAAUACGGCAACGAAAUCGGAAGUUAAUACAAAACCAAAAAAACGUUCUACCACGAGUGAUUACUCGAGCACGUCUGAGAAAAGGCGUAAGAGAUGGCGAGACUGGGGUGACGGAAAUCGACACCUAAAACAAAUUAGGGGUUAACACAUUGACACAUAUUUUGUUACGCUUUGAAGGGGGUGUACAUUGUCGAGAGCUUUCCGCUUGUGCGCGAAUCGCGGAAAUGUUUGAGAAUUUUGCCAUCUAGUAAUGAUGAGAGAGGUACUUUUGUUUUAUAGUAUUGUCAGUAAAUUCCUUAUUCAUUUCUAAAUGCGUUUAUAGUCAACUUUCACGGAAAUUCCUUCCGGUUUUCUCGUCAUAAACAUCACAUACGAAAACGCGCAUAACGUAAAAUUCUUCCAUAACUUCUAGUUGUGCUAGUAAAAAAAGAGAGGGUUGUUGGAUGCAUUUCGAAUUGAUUGGUGUGGUUGCUCAGGGUUUACAACAUGCUAUAUGCCAAAAUACAUUCGGUAGCACUAAACAACAAGCAAUAAUAGAGAUGUAGUGUUAAAGAGAUACUUUUUAAACACGUUGAAACAUGAAUACAAUUGAAUAGUACGUGAAAUAUAUAUAUAUCGAUAAAAGAAAUUAUUAUUACAUACGUGAAGUAAGUAAUAAUAAUCAUUUUAGAACUGUUGUGAGAGCGAUUAUAUUAAGUCAUAGAGAGUUUAAUUAAUGAUAAAGUUCUAUCAGUUUUUUUUCCUUUUUUUUUGUAGAUAUGUAUAGAGGCAUAAUCAACAUCUGCUGUCAUGAAGCCUGUCCCAACAGUAACGAGACCUAUUGUUUUCAAACGUAACGUGGCGAUUUUCGACGUCGAAAUCACAACGCCCGGUUUGAAGCCCAGUGUUACCAUAAUUUUAUUUCAAGAGAGUCUAGUCUCGUUAUUCUUGAGACAGGCCAGGCGUAUUCGAUAGAGAAAGAAAGAGAAAGAAAGAAAGAGAGAGAGAAAGAGAGAUUGAUAAUAUAUUUAAAACAAUUACACGCAUACAUAUUUCUAUGUAUAUGUGUAUAUAUGUAUAUAAAAUGUAUGUAUACGUGCAUGUAUAUGCAGAUGUACACAUUGCAUGCAUCAAGCGACAUACUCGUGUAUGUACAGUCGAACUUCCUGAUUCUCUCAAUUCGAGAUGGAACGAUCUUUUCAUUUUAUGUAACUCACAUGACAAAUGAAAAUGUUCUGUUGUGCAUUAUGUUCGUAUAUGUGAUGCAUCACUUAUUCCAUGUAUAUGAUGAAAUAGCAAAUGUGAAAUACUGUGGAAAAGGAAAGAUAUUAUGUAUAUGAAGCAGUAUUUUCAAGUUAAGAGAUUUUCCAAAAUUUGAGUUUUGUUAUUAUCAUGUGGAAUUUAUUGGAAACAUAAAAAAUUUAGAGGAAUUUUUAACCGACAAAAUACAAAGACCUUUAAUCUUUUUGGGGGAAUUGUAUUAUAUUAAUUUAUAAUAUACUAAUUUUUUAUUGUAUUGUAAAUAUUUAUUGUAAUGUUCAUAACUUGACAACUGAUAUAUGGAAAUUUACCUGAAAGAAUAGGGAAGUUUGACUGUAUGUAUGUACAAGGUGUUCCCAAAUUUGCGAUUAGAAAGUUUAUGAAAAACUGAAUCAUAGAAAUUCAUGUCCUCGUAUAUUUAUUUUUUAAUUCCCAACAACAGUUUUUGAGUUGCAAGCAUUUCAGAUUUAUUUGUAAUAUUAGUCGUGCUUGGAUAAUAUCUGUCCACAGAGUCGAUUAAGGGUAAUUUUUCGUGCGUGGGAUAAUUUAAAAAUAAAUAUGUAUUUGUGAAGGUGCAUACAACUCUCCAAUCAAUUGUACAUCAUGAAUUUUAUCAGGUUUUAAAUUUUUAUAGUUAGAGAGAAUGAUUGGUCACAAUUGAAAAGCAUUUUUACGAUUUGGUUUUUCAUAGACCUUCCAUUAGAACGCUUUCGCACGCGAAAUUGAGGACAUUAUGCAUGUGUAAACACAAAACCGUGUGCAUUGUUGCACACGUAUAACAUAUGUGCCACAAACGUAUUAUCAAAAAAAAUAUAUAAAAAAAAGAAUAAAAAAGAUAUUGAGACACAUUCAACAUGGUUUCGAAACGAGGAAGUGAAAUUUAUCGUUUCACGUCUUUUUCUACUCUCUUCGUGGCUUUCAAAAUAAUUUUGAACAGUGUUGUACAUAUGUAGACCUUCUAAUGUAUCCAUAGACCAGUUUUUGGUAUUCAGUUAGAGACUGAAUAUACAGCAGUAAUGCUGAGAUGUCAAUAUGGAUCGGAGAGAUAAAAAAUAACGCUAUGGAGAGAAAACUUAUUUUUAUAAAAAAAAUCGUAACAUUAAGAAGAGAGAAAAAGAGAGGAGAGAGAGAGAGAGAGAGAGAGAGAACGAAAGAGGGAAAUAAGGCGUUUGAUAAAAACUUGUAAUUGUAAGAUAUGUAUGUGUGCUACAAAGACACGCGAGAGAAAUAUUAGGCAAACUGGUCUUGUAUACAUUAACAUGUAGUCCAAUAUAGAGAGAACAUAUAUUUUUACAGGGCGCUGCCCGCGUGAUAAAGGUUCUUCCUAAUAAUUCGCUGGUACGCAGUUUAUUAGCUUAAAUAUCACUCUACAAAGUAUAAAUAUUAGUGAACUCGAAUGUGAAGAGAGACAAACACAACUGUUGUAGCGCAACCUGAUCGACUUUCUACAUAUCAACGUUCACGACGCUCCGUGAAACGUGCUCCGACAAUUUUGUAAAUGCAUCCUCUAUUUGUCAUUUUCAGAAUUCAUCUGGGAUUAUUCGCGACGAUCCUUUCAUAUAUCGCUCAAAGAGCUCAUUAUCAGCACUAUAGAGUGCUAGUUUUAUAGUAUAAUUACAUGCAUCGACGUAUGUAGGAGUCGCGUAGCGUCCUAAAUUAGUAAUAAUUUCCAACCAUUUAACUUUUGAUUUUAUUUCGUUUCUAUUAAAGUAGUAGAUCAGUCGCUGAAAAGUUGAAGAAAGUCUUGAUCGCUCGAAGCGAGAGAUGGCUUCUAAAGAGAAUUGGAAGAUACCGAUUUGUAUAAAAUAAAAACAGGAUGCGCUACAUCAAAAUAUUUCAUGUGAUUGUAGCUAGUCAGCUACACCAGAAGAAAAUUCAAUCUGAAGGUGCAAGAAAGAAUGCCAUGCUUAGUAAAUGCUAUAUAUUGAUUCUAUUUAACAAAAGAGAAAAAAAAGCAACAAUGUUAUUUUAAUGAAAUUGGACAGAAAGACAGA